AUGACCUGCAAGAAAAAGGAAAGUGCCUAUCCAACAAUUACAGGAUGUAUCCGUUCUGUACCAAAAUCCAUAUGCAGGAAGAACUGCCCUCCAGGAUACAGAAAGGCUCAAAGGAAAGGACAGUCUGCCUGCUGCUUUGACUGCAUCUUAUGCUCAGAAGAUGAGUUUAACAAUGAGUCAGAUUCCACAAGCUGCAUGAAAUGCCCUGAAAAUAUGUGGGCAAAUGAAAUGCAUGAUGGCUGCAGGAAUAGAACACUGGAGUUUCUGUCAUAUGAAGAAGGUCUUAAGUGGCUGCUCUCGAUCUUUCCCUUAUGUAUUAUCUUCUUAAAGAAUGCUGAUGUUCCAGUUGUGAAAGCAAAUAACUGGAACCUAAGUUACGCAAUUUAUAUUUGGGAUCAGUUUUGUCAUGUGCAUCUCAUAUAUUUUGGGAAAGACAAUGAUGAUGGUGAUCGCCUUGAACCUCACCCAGCCAAGGAGCAGCAGGAGAAUGUGGUUGAAUUCUCGAGUAACAAACACCCUGGUGCUUGUACAAGAAAAAGAAAGUUCAUUCAGCGCUAUCCACUCCCCAAAUGGAUCCACUCUGCCAAAACCUCCAAAGCAUUUGUGCGUUACUACAGACAUGUCCUGGUAAUUAUGUUUGCUGUAGAGGAAAUUAACAGGAAUCCUUUGCUUCUCCCUAAUGUUACUUUGGGCUAUGAGAUCUAUGACUCAUGUGACUAUGUCUCGAACGCAGUGGAAGCCACUUUGAAAUUGUUCUCUGGGAGACAGGAUCAUGUUCCAGGCUACAGGUGCACAACCAAAGGGCCCCUGGUUGGAUUUAUUGGGCUGCCAUAUAGCAUGGCAGUUCUUACGCAGAUCUAUAGAUACCCACAUAUUAGUUAUGGAGCACAAGAUCCAGUUUUAGAUGAUAAAACAUUAUUCCCAUCUUUCUUCCGGAUUGUACCUAACGACCGUUCCAUGUAUGCCGGCUUCGUACAGCUCCUCCAUUACUUUGGCUGGACUUGGGUCGGACUUGUUACAUCGGAUGAGGAACAUAAUUUAAGAACAAGCCAGGAGCUAAGGGCAGUGUUGCAUGAAAGUGGAAUAUGUAUUGCUUACUUUGCAGUUGUUUCAACUAAAUAUAUUUUUACCUAUGCACAAGUCGCUAGACUGAGCCAGUACCUCAAACAUAUUAAUUUCCAAAUUAAAUCAGGAGAAAAAUUGUAUUCUGCAAAUGAAGGACCCAUAGGGCAGUAUGAUAUUGUGAACUGGGUGACAUCUAAGGGAACGGUUACCUAUACUCAGAUUGGCAGCUUCUUCCCAUUUGCUCCUGCAAAGCAGCAACUGAUAAUCAACCAAAGUGAUAUCAAAUGGAAUCACAAAUUUAAACAGGUACCAAAAUCAAUAUGCAGUGAGAAUUGUCCUCCAGGAUACAGAAAAGUUCAAAGGAAGGGGCAGCCAGUCUGCUGCUUUGACUGUAUCUUGUGUUCAGAAGAUGAGUUUAGCAAUGAAACGGAUUCCACAAACUGCAUGAAAUGCCCUAAAGAUAUGUGGGCAAAUGAAAUGCAUGAUGGCUGCUGGAAUAGAACACUGGAGUUUCUGUCAUACGAAGAGGUCUUAGGUGGUACUUUGGCUUCUCUUUCGAUUCUGGGAUCUCUCCUUCCCCUAAGCAUCCUGUUUAUCUUCUUAAAGAAUGCCAAUACUCCAGUUGUAAAGGCAAAUAACCGGAAUCUCAGUUACAUUCUUUUGGUUUCCCUGUUUUUCUGUUUUCUCUGUAUUUUAAUGUUCAUUGGUCGUCCUAUUACUAUAACCUGUAUCCUCAGGCAAUUUAUAUUUGGUAUCAGUUUUGUCUUGUGCAUCUCAUGUGUUUUGGGAAAGACAAUGAUGGUGGUGAUCGCCUUCAACCUCACAAAGCCAAAGAGUAGUGGGCGAAUGUGGUUGAAUUCUCGAGUCACAAACACCCUGGUGCUUGUGUGCACAGCUAUACAAGUAAUUAUAUGUGCUGGGUGGCUUGCACACUCUCCCCCUUUUGAAUACACUGAUAAUAAAUCUAAGAUGGGCAUCAUUAUUGUGGAAUGCAACAAGGGGUCAUCUGUUGCUUAUUCUUGUACAAUGGGGUAUAUGGGAUUUUUAGCUACUUUAUGUUUUGUAGUUGCUUAUUUGGUGAGAAAGUUGCCAGGCAGUUUCAAUGAGGCCAAACUGAUCACCUUUAGUAUGUUGAUAUUUGGAGUUGUUUGGAUCUCCUUCAUCCCAGCCUACCUCAGCACCACAGGGAAGUACAUGAUGGCAGUGGAGGUGUUUGCUAUUUUAUCUUCUAGCAGUGGAGUAGUCUCAUGUAUAUUUUUGCCAAAGGUCUACAUUAUUAUUCUGAGCCCAGAGAUGAAUAAGAUAGAGAUAAAAAGCACAAACAAAUAAUGAAGAUAU